AUGUUUCUUUGUUCGCGAUUUUUAUCCAAGGGUUUGACAUAUUUACCACGUAGCCACGUGGGUCGUCGCUACAAGGCCAUAGUGGAGCAUGAGAACAACGAUGGCACCUUGACCGUGCGCUUCGAUAAGGAUGGCUAUGAGUACCACUAUCCACUUGUAGCGUGGCGUGUGCCGAAAACACGUCAUUUCAUUGAAGAACUGGAAGAAGGUGAGGUGCUCAAUGGCCGCGUGACGGAUAUCUCCUCCACUGGUUUCUACGUGGACGUGGGUGCAGAGGAUGAAGGCUUUGUCCACAUCGGCGAGAUCAAGGAGGGCCGUGUGAUCCGUAUCGAGGACGAGGUCCGUAUCGGUCAGGACGUGUCGCUGCGCGUGCUCUCCACCCAGGGGAAGCUCACCUUGUCAAUGAAGCCACCAGCCACCGGAUCUUCGGAUUCUAUGGGGCUGGCAGCGUUUCGAGACCUUCCGCCCGAUGCGCUCUUGCGUGCGACCAUCACAGAGACUCCUGCCUUUGGCGCCUUCGCGAUGGUGCAGCCACCAGCUGGGGGAGAGCCCUGUCGCGGGCUCAUCCAUGUCUCCGAGAUGGGCCGCGGCUUCGUGCCUUCUGUAGAGGAGACGGUUUCGGUGGGAGAGGAGGUCUUAGUGUCCGUGCUCUCUACGGAGGGCGGUCGACUUUCAUUGAGGCUGCAACAGAAUGAAGAGAGCCCUGAGAUUGAGAAGGGCAUUUGGCUGACCGGCUCUGUAGCGACUUAG